AUGUGCAUCAGAUCAAUUGUGAAGCUAAAUCUACGUCGGGACGUGGAAGCUGAUUUUACGCUAGUGAACUGUGUUCGACCGGCGGAUGGUACUUCCAAAUUUUACCAUCUUGGCUAUCGAAGUUUGGUAUCGGAUAAAAGCGGAUUCUUUGUUUGUUGUUGCAUCCACAUCCCGCAAAUAUUUUCCUGCAUAUGCGAACAUCAUGGACAGUUUGAUGACUUAUGUGUACUUUUUCGAAUCCAGUUCUUCCAGGAAGAUACAGCUGUGUUCGGGAAGCCUCCUGGUAAUAACAACGAAGAGGUAACCCAGUGA